AUGACUCGGACUCUGCCUUCACAAAAACAUUAUGCCACCAUGAUCAAGCGAACCAAAGUUAACAACGGCGUCGAGCGUUCGCUGCGAGCCUUUGACAGCGUCAUCAAUGAAGCCAAAGGCUAUUCGAAGCUAGAUUCGCCGGAUGACGGAUUUCUCGACAGUCAGCCGUUGUUGUGCUGCUACGCCCAGGCUGCAAGAAGGCGGCGAAAAGAUUCUGAUCACCGACAUUUUGUGGCCUGUCUCAGUCGUCUAAGAGCUUGCAUGAACCUUGGUAUCCCGGACGACGACCGAGCCGGUAUAAUGUUGGAUUAUGGCGAUACGUUGAAGGGCAGGUGGCUAAGUUUUACCGAAACCAUUCCACAGUCUCCAGUUAUUUUUGGUGCGGGCUUGAAACAGAAAUAUUCAAUGUCAUUGGAGCAAGCCGGCAGCACCAGUUCCAUGUCGGAGACUCCGCCGACUGCUGUGCAGUCUGUUGAGAUUUCUUCCCAGUCCGAUCGAUCUCUGUCAGCACAGCAAAAAAACAGUAGCGAAAACGACUUCAAAUAUAUCGAAAUAAUGACGAAAUUACACUGGGCAGAGUACAAAGCUGAACUUGCCAAAGACGAGCUGAUGAACACAAAGAUUCGUUUCGAAAUAGAUAAGCAGCGUUCAAACGAAGAGGUUGAACGUCUUUCAAAGAUGGUCGAUGAGUUAAGAAGAAAGUUGGACGCCUCCGAAGAUGCGAAAAAUAUGAUACAGGCAGAGCUUUCGAAAGCGAACAUUAAUUGCUCUGAAGUGAAAUCGAAACUCGAUGCAAAACUUCUCGAACUGGAAAACGCCAUGAUCGUUGAAAGGAAGGAGUGGAUAGAGAAAAGUGCUGCCAAUGAGAACAUGGUCAACACCCUCAGAAACGAGCGGAAUGAUAUGAAAAGGCAGCAAUUGUUCGAUUCAGAGGAACUGCAGUGUCUAAAAGGCGAGAACAAGACCCUCAGAGAGCUGAACGAGCGACUUACAUCAGAUUUCGCGGAACUAAUGAAGAAGUAUCGUACAAUGGAGAUAAGGCUGACGGUGGGUUUAUGUUUUAUGUGA